CUGAAGCAAGUAAAAGUUCUGUCUCAUAAACCAAGUAAUUUAAUGUCAGAAAUUAAAGAAAGAUCCUGCACAAUGGCAGACAGCGGGAAGACUGAUGAGCCCAGUGCAGCAGCCACAGCCCAGCCAGCUAAUGGAGACCAGCAGGUGAGGAGCACCAUCACUUGGACAGUAGUUUACUCUACAACACACAGCUCUCAUGAAGGGUCUGGUGCACUGAUAACUUUGAAACCAGCAUUCAAUAUUUCACAGAGAAUAGGCACUCAAAGUUGAUUAAUUAGAAAUAUGCAAGCACUCCUCAAUUGUAAUAUGCACACAAACACUCAGUGUGCAGAGUUGAGUUAUCAGUACAAAGCAAACAAAACAUGAAAUUGGCAACACAAUGGCUGUUUCCUCUCUCCUAACCCUUGCAAAAUUAUACCCAUUGUGUGUUUUGUUCCCAGAGUGUUGUGUCCCGUGUGGGUAGCAUCCCCCUGGUGAGCUCUGCAUGUGGUGUAGUGUCCAACGCCUACAGCAGCACUAAGGACAGCGUUCCCCUUCUGAAGGGGGUCAUGAAUGCUGCCGAGAGCGGGGUGCGCACCCUGGGGGCAGCCGCCACCACCGGCUCCAAGCCACUCCUGGACAGACUGGAGCCACAGAGUGAGUUCUGAUGCAUAGUGACCACAGACAGACAUAACAUUUUAUUAUUUUUUAUUAUUUUAGUGGAUCACUUUUUGUUAGGAGUUGAUUCAUAAUUUGUUGCAGUUUCUGUGGUGAAUCAAUAUGCCAUGAUGGGACUGGACAAGGUGGAAAAACUGAAAAUCCUCCAGCAGCCAGCUGACAAGGUGAGACUUUCCAAAUCUAGUGUUUACUAGUCAACAACGCUUCCUCAUGCAUCCAAUUUGACUAAAGUCCCCAAGAAAAGACUGGUAAACUACUUGAUAUCUCAUCCCUCACUCACUCAUCUUCGCUUGCUCCUUGGAGCGUAGCGCCUCGACAUAUGGAUCUCCAUGCCGUCCUAUUCUGGGCCAGGUCCCAGGUUGAUGUGGUUUUGUGUCCCAGGUUGAGUAGGUCGACCUCCAGCUGGUUGGACCACCUGGCUCUCGGUCUUCCUCUUGGGCAUGGCCAGUUGGGGGUAUGGCUCCUUGAGGAUGAGGGCGGGCUCCAGAGGUGAGUUUGAUCUGGCCAAUUGACCAAACAGUCGGAGUCGGGAGGCUCUGACCAGGGAGGAGACAGGGGGUUGGUCCGUCUUUCGCCGUAUUGUGGAGUUCGGGAUGUGGUCGUGCCAUGUGAUGCACAGUAUGCGGCGGAGGCAUUUGCAGUCAAAGGCGUCCAGACGAUGUGUGAGGUCCAGGUUUCCAGAUGUUGUCUAGGCUGGCCAUGGUUGAGGCUUCCCAUGGUUGUCGCCGUUGCUCCUGCAGAUAUAUAAUACCUCAUAUACACUGCUCAAAAGAAUAAAGGGAACACUUAAACAACACAAUGUAACUCCAAGUCAAUCACACUUCUGUGAAAUCAAACUGUCCACUUAGGAAGCAACACUAAUUGACAAUACAUUUCACAUGCUGUUGUGCAAAUGGAAUAGACAACAGGUGGAAAUUAUAGGCAAUUAGCAAGACACCCCCAAUAAAGAAGUGGUUCUGCAGGUGGUGACCACAGACCACUUCUCAGUUCCUAUGCUUCCUGGCUGAUGUUUUGGUCACUUUUGAAUGCUGGCGGUGCUUUCACUCUAGUGGUAGCAUGAGACGGAGUCUACAACCCACACAAGUGGCUCAGGUAGUGCAGCUCAUCCAGGAUGGCACAUCAAUGCGAGCUGUGGCAAGAAGGUUUGCUGUGUCUGUCAGCGUAGUGUCCAGAGCAUGGAGGCGCUACCAGGAGACAGGCCAGUACAUCAGGAGACGUGGAGGAGGCCGUAGGAGGGCAACAACCCAGCAGCAGGUCUGCUACCUCCGCCUUUGUGCAAGGAGGAGCAGGAGGAGCACUGCCAGAGCCCUGCAAAAUGACCUCCAGCAGGCCACAAAUGUGCAUGUGUCUGCUCAAACGGUCAGAAACCUACUCCAUGAGGGUGGUAUGAGGGCCCGACGUCCACAGGUGGGGGUUGUGCUUACAGCCCAACACCAUGCAGGAUGUUUGGCAUUUGCCGGAGAACACCAAGAUUGGCAAAUUCGCCACUGGCGCCCUGUGCUCUUCACGGAUGAAAGCAGGUUCACACUGAGCACAUGUGACAGAGUCUGGAGACGCCGUGGAGAACGUUCUGCUGCCUGCAACAUCCUCCAGCAUGACCGGUUUGGCGGUGGGUCAGUCAUGGUGUGGGGUGGCAUUUCUUUGGGGGGCCGCACAGCCCUCCAUGUGCUCGCCAGAGGUAGCCUGACUGCCAUUAGGUACCGAGAUGAGAUCCUCAGACCCCUUGUGAGACCAUAUGCUGGUGCGGUUGGCCCUGGGUUCCUCCUAAUGCAAGACAAUGUUAAACCUCAUGUGGCUGGAGUGUGUCAGCAGUUCCUGUAAGAGGAAGGCAUUGAUGCUAUGGACUGGCCCGCCCGUUCCCCAGACCUGAAUCCAAUUGAGCACAUCUGGGACAUCAUGUCUCGCUCCAUCCACCAACGCCACGUUGCACCACAGACUGUCCAGGAGUUGGUGGAUGCUUUAGUCCAGGUCUGGGAGGAGAUCCCUCAGGAGACCAUCCGCCACCUCAUCAGGAGCAUGCCCAGGCGUUGUAGGGAGGUCAUACAGGCACGUGGAGGCCACACACACUACUGAGCCUCAUUUUGACUUGUUUUAAGGACAUUACAUCAAAGUUGGAUCAGCCUGUAGUGUGGUUUUCCACUUUAAUUUUGAGGGUGACUCCAAAUCCAGACCUCCAUGGGUUGAUACAUUUGAUUUCCAUUGAUAAUUUUUGUGUGAUUUUGUUGUCAGCACAUUCAACUAUGUAAAGAAAAAAGUAUUUAAUAAAGAUUAUUUCAUUCAUUCAGAUCUAGGAUGUGUCGUUUAAGUGUUCCCUUUAUUUUUUUGAGCAGUGUAUUUAUAACAGCUUUUUAAUGAGCUGUAUAUUUUCUCUCCCUCAGCUGGUUUUAGACACAAUGGGCAUGAUGUACCAGUCUGUGAGCGGGGCAAAGGAGGCCAUGGCGGGAGCCAAGGAGACCAUGACUGGGGCUGUAUUUGGGGCAAAGGAGUCGAUGACUGGGGCUGUGACCGGGGCCAAGGAAACCAUGGCUGGGGCCAAGGAGACCAUGACUGGGGCUAUGAUGGCUGCAGUGUUUGGUGGUGUGGAGAUGACCCAAGCAGCAGCCAGUGGAUUGUUCAGCUCAUUCAUGGGGACCAGUGUGGGCCAGAUGGUCAGCAGUGGGGUGGGCCUGGCCCUCAGCCACUCUGAGAACUUGGUGGACCAGAUCCUGCCUCUCAGCGACAGAGAGCUGGGUCAGUAUGAAUGAGAAAAUGAACUAGUAACCUCUGAAUGGACUGGACUGAAAUGGAAUUGAACCAAUCCCUAGUGUGGUUGCUGCUGAGUCAGGUCUAGAGCUGCAAGAUGGUGUGAUCAUUUAAUUUAUGUGUAGAUAUGUGUAUGUAGACAGGGCGGCACAAAAAUCAAUAGCUCUGAUCUCAGACUGAAUUAUCGUUUAUAGAUAAUCUUAAUUUUUUCCUGUUUAGCUGCUUUGGCUGAGCCUGCAACAGGGGAGGUGGCUACUGCACCAGUGGUGGGCUCUAGCCCAUCUAGCCCCAGCUACUUUGUCCGUCUGGGCAAGCUGUCCUCCAAGGUGCAGGAGCGGGCCCUGGAGCAGUCCCUGGUGAGAGCCCGGCGCGCCAGAGACACCACAUAUGCCACCAUAACCCAGAUCACCAGCACCCUGGACCUGCUGGAGAAUGCCCGCUCCACCCUGGCUGCUGCCAACCACCAGCUGGGAGGGGCACCAGAGCAGCUGCUGCAGCACUGGAAGGAGUGGCAGGAGAAACAGCCUAAAGAUGGACAAGUAGAUGGCGGGAUGAUGGAUGGUCCCAAAGACCAGACUGCGGUAGGGAGUCUCGAAUUAGUCUGUUUUGUCAAAGUAGUCAUAUGAAUGAAUGUACUUGGGGAACUUUAUAAACAGCUAAACGUAAAUGCCAUUGUUUGUGUUGCAGUUGGAGUGGCGAACCCUCUCGAUGGUGCGUGGUCUCAGUGACCAGUUGCGGUCUGCCUGCUCUGGUGUGGUGUCCAGCGCCCAGGGCCUGCCCAGUGUGGUCCAGGACCAGCUGGCAAAUGCACAGAAAGCAGCUGAAGAACUGCACUCCUCCCUGGGCAACACUAGCACCCUCACACCCCCCCUCCUGGAGCAGACCCGUCAUCAUCUAACACAGGUAAACCAAACUCUCUGUUGCUCCAGUUUUCCUGUGUGUAUUCAUUAUGAAUACACACUGCUGGUUUCUCAUGAUUUAUUCAUAGUUUUAAUAUUUCAACCAACACAUUGCAUGUACAUCAUCAUAACAGAUAAUUAUGAAUCACUCUGAGGUUAUUUGUGUUGAUUGACACAUUUUCACAGGUGCGACAUUCUCUGGAUGGCGUCAUGGAGUAUCUGCUCAAUAACACUCCUCUCAACUGGCUGGUGGGACCCUUUGCACCCCAGCUCACUGAGAAGGGGGAGGACAGGCAGGCCGUGGAUAAGGGCCGUCAGACCUAGGCUUGGUUGGACCGACAGGUUGGAGUAGAUUACUUCAAAAAGGCUUGCGCUUUUCGUCUACUUUCAUGUUGCUGACAUGGUUUGUACAUUUUUUUGUACAGUGCAGUAAAUUAUGCGCUUUCUAAGCACUUACUGCACACACUUGUGAGUCUAUAAAUUAUGCUGAUGAUAACAUGGUACAUACAUACAAAAAUCACAAUACUGUGUUGUAUAUUCUCCAGAAGGGGAUGACUACUAAAACAGCCAUAUUUGUGCUGUAGAUCACACUCCAAUCUGUGAAUGUUAAGGAACCAUUUAAAACAAACUGUAAUUUUGUUUUUCUGUAACACUAACUGUAUGAAAUGCAAUAUAAACCCCAUGUGACUGAAAUGUAAUCCUCCAAAAUAUACAAAAAUGGGUCAUGACAAAUUGGUGUGUGACAUUUAUGUGCUCUCCUCUGUAUGUAUAAGCUCCAGAAGGGUCUCUUGCUGUUGUUCUUGAUUGCGAAUACAGUCAAUAAAGUAAUGUUGGCUCUCCUCCUGGGCUUUUAGUCCAUUUAUAUUUGCUAUUUCAGCUUUUUAUGUGAUACAGGAUUUCAUUCACCUGCAUCUUUCACUCAUUAUUAGUUCAUACUGCGUAGUGAAUAUUUAGAAUUGGUUAUGUUGUCUCCAAUCCAAGUACUUUGCUGUCCUUUUUUGUUAUUCCAAUUAACUCACAAACAUGUUUUCCAAAACCUGUAACUUAUAACACUGUUGUAGUAGGGAGCUGAUAUUGACAGCAAUGCUCAAUGUCACAGUACUCAUUAGCAGGCAUUUUUGAAUAUAAUUAUAUCACCCCAUUUUUACAAUGUUAUUGUAUUUGGCAAAUGAAAUGGGGACAUUAUGCAUGUGAGAAAAUAAUGAAUUGUUGCUUAGAAUUACGUCACGGUCGUUUCGAAUGUCGGGAGCUAGCGCUGGUUAGGAGGCCGCGCGCACAGAAGGGACCGAUUACUUGUAUUUUCUGGAGACUACGGUCGUCUACACCCCUCUGCACUUCGUAUUUCAGGUACUGCUUUGCAUUAAUAAUAAAAAAUAAUAAAAGGUUUCGCUAAUGUAAACCGAUUAAAUCCGUUUAGGACGCGUUCCCGCUGACUACUAGCUAGCGUACCGUUAGCGCUUCAUGCUAGCCAGAGAACAUCGUACUGCCAGCUACAACACAACAGCUAACGUUCGUUUUUAGCCACUUGUGCGGAAACAAAGUCGUGUUACAUUUUAAGUGUAAUUCGUCUGACUAAUAUCAUUAGCCAGAUAAACUAGUGCAUUUUUACUUUCAGGACAUGAAAAAUAUGACGUCGCCGCCUGUCCUUGUUUUCAAUGAAUUAGCUAGCUAUCUAACUGUUACUGUAGCUAACUAAACUAGCCAGUCUCUAGCUAGCCUAACGCUAUUUGCUUUUGAGCCGAGGACGCAAUUGUUUUUGACUGCGGACAAACAAGACCUGGGUUGAUGAUCAGCAGUAACGUUAGUUACUAAUUUAACUAGUUAACCAGACAGCUAGUUUGCCUAUUAUUGUCAGUCUAUGGCAAGAAGUCUAACGACGUUAACGUUAGUCGGCAAGGGAAUGCCGUCGUCAUUUUAGUGUUUGUUCUUUGAUUUCAAGUUUGCUUGUCCGAACAAAACAUUCAACUAUGAUGGCGCUGUAAUUUAAUUUAGGCUAUCCUGGUAGCCUUGGCAGAGUUAGUAUUUCUUGGUUUGUCGAGAUGGCACAAACUCUUUUGUUUUCAGCGCUAGGUAGCUAGUUUUUGUUUGUUGUGACACAGGCACCGUCUGACAGUUUAUGAUAUGUCUGUUGUCCUUGCUGUAAAACAAGGAGUACCAACGUGUUCAUGGAAAAUGACCCCAAAUGUAUUGGUGACUAAUGAUAUUUACAUUGAACAUUUUUAGUUAUUUAGCAGACGUUCUUAUCCAGAGCUACUUACAGUAAGUAGUGAGUGCAUACAAAUUCCUACUUUUUUGUACUGGUCCCCCGUGGGAAUCGAACCCACAAUCCUGGCGUUGCAAGCGCCAUGCUCUACCAACUGAGCCACACGGGAUUCUCAGUGUCAUUUCCAGCCAGGUGCCUCUCUAAUAGAGUAUUGCGAUUUGUAACUGCUGGUUUUCCUAUUGUCAAUGUUAUCUGACCAUUCAAAUGAAGUAAACAAGUUGUUGUUGUGGUUUGAAAGCUACGGGUGUCAAAUUCGAAGCCUAAUUUGACAGAAUAAAAGUAUAGCCUCUGGAUUGGGUAGCCUCCAUGCUAGUAACAAUAAACAGUAUUUGUACUGUAUUGUAACUAACAAAAUAGAUCACUCAUCACCGGUACUAGACAGAUUAAAUCUGUCCAAGAUCAUCUCUAAUAAACUAAACCAAUUAUCAAUCAUUCACACUUACUCCUAGCAAAACCACUAACACUUUCAGAACUGCUCUCCUGCUCCAAUGCCGGUCUCCAAGCUCUUUUAGCUCUUUUGUAGAAAUGUUCAUGUAAACAAUGGCCGCAAGUUUGACUAACUCUUCAACCCCAUUUUCAGGAAUAUCCUCUCCCAUCCCCCUUACCCCCCCCUUAUCAGAGAGCAUGGCUCAGGAGACCAAUCAGACGCAAGUGCCAAUGCUUUGCACUAUGGGCUGCGGUUUCUAUGGUAAUCCCCGCACCAACGGUAUGUGCUCUGUCUGCUACAAGGAACACCUACAGAGACAACAGGGAGGGGGCCGUUCCAGCCCCCCAGGUGAGAAAGGUAGGGAGAGGGACUCAAAAGGAGGGUGGGGAGCUGCUAAAAGGGGCUGGAGAAGGAGGUAGCAAUCGCUGCUAAACCCUUGGCAUUAUAAAGCAAGAGAGUGAUUUAUCAGUUCGUGAAACACAACACUUUUUUUCAUUUGUUAAUUGGACCCAUGUAGGUAAUCAAUAGCAUGUGGCAUAUGAUUCAAUAUAGGUACAAUGUCAUUCAUGGUCAACUUGGGGGGGGGGGGGGGGGUUGUUCAGUUGUGUCCUAUAUAAACGUGUGGUUUAUCCACAGGCUCGGCAGCUUCAUCGCCAGUGGGGUCCCCGGGAGCAGCUGGUGUGUCAGUGGAGACCACAACGUUGGAACCCAGCACGGAAGGGGUCACUCCGCCCGAGGAAAGGACAUCCAGGUAUGCUGACAUAAAAUCAGCUUGUCUCUGCAAACAAACACACAGACUGCUAAAUGGAAUCCAUUACAUUGACAGUAAGCUGUUGCUCAAGAGGCUUUUGUUUAUCAUAGUUUUUUGGAGUUCCGUAGUAUAUUGGAUUAUGGUUUCAGUUGUUCACCUCAUUAUUGGUCUGUGUGUCUCCAGUCCCAACUCCCCCAGCCCAGUAACCCAGCAGAUGACAGCCAUGAGCAUCUCCCAGGAUACUGGAGCCACUGACUCAGACCGGGCUGAUGGGGAUGAGGAAGAGGACGAGGGGACAUCCAAAAACACUGGUUAGAACAACAGGAAAAAAUGAUUGAGACUUUCUUGGUUUCCAAACUGUUUUCCAGUAGCAGUCAUCAGCAGUAUAUGGCAUGGCUCCUGUCUUGUCUUGUAAUACAUAACCUACACUGCAGCCACCCGAGGGUACACUUCAACAGUAAUAUAUGGGUAGCUCUGUUUGUGAGGUUCAGUUAGAUAUUGUAUUUUAACAGGGCCAGUGGGGGAGGCAGCCCAGGCCUCGUCUGAGGGUGAUCAGACCCCUGACAAAAAUAAGAAGAAGAACCGAUGCUUCACCUGCCGGAAGAAAGUGGGCCUGACUGGUAAGACAGAAGAUAGGGUGUCCAAACAGAAACGCAUCUUUUGACCAAUGGGUAAAAUAAUAUGGUAAUUUUGUAGAUACUCCUCUAAGAAAACCAAUGGUCCAAACCUUAUCUCUCAUAAUCCGUUCAAAAGUUAUUGGAGUUUUUACCCUUGUAGGAUGGUCAAAAUUAGGGUGACUAAAUCAAUGGAGGCCAGAGGAAAAAAGUGGCCAAAAACCAGGAAAAUAGUAUUGCAUCAGCAAGGCUGGAUGCUGUGUGAGAAUUAAGGCUAACUGACAGGCUCACUGUUGAACUCGUCAUCUUUCUUCUCCAAUCCGGAGGACAUAAAACAAUAUAGAGGUAAGAGAGAUAUCGAUUUUGAGACAUGACAUGUAGUAUUUUCAUAUUAUAGUAUACGUGUUUUCAUAUUAAUGCGACAUUUCAUUUUUUCCUAAGAUUUUUCAUAAAAACAAGUGUAUCUUUGAAAUGUCAAUGGAACACUGAGCGUACUGCAAGCUUUGUAUUUUUUAAAGACUUUUACAUUUAAUUCAGCUUGUGUCAAGCUAAUUUUGCUUUUUGCGACCCGCGGAAACAACUUUGACCACCAGAACAUGUAAAAUCCUCAAGUUGCUGUGAGAAAGCGUCACUGCUCUGUCAACAGAGCUUGGUACUUAUAAUCGGAUGUAUUAGGUUACGAAUUCCGACUUUUUGGAUAUAAUGUUAAUAAUAUGUUAGAGAAAGGACCCCACUGAACGAUUCAGGACAUGAAGAAUCAUAUUUGUCCUGGUAAAAUUUAUUUUAUAACAUAAGGAAGUGACAUUUCAUCACCAAAGCGAGUUUUCAACCAUUCUGGGCAGUGAGUGGACACCCUACAGAAGAAGGUUUCAGGGCCACAGCACACACAUGGCAGGUGGCUGCUGAGUUCAAAGGGUUUAUGGGGCAUUGAGCUCGAGUGCAAAGCAGUUCUUUUCUGGGUUAGCUUUUAGGUAGGUGUUUGAGAUACAGUCUAGAAUCUUUACCCCUGGGGAAAUUGAAGCACGCAGGGCUUAGUAGUUAGUUCAGAUACAUACAGUACCAGUCAAAAGUUUAUACACAACUACUCAUUCAAGGGUUUUUCUUAAUUUUUACUAUUUUCUACAUUGUAGAAUAAUAGUGAAGACAUCAAAACUAUGAAAUAACACAUGGAAUCAUGUAGUAACCAAAAAAAGUGUUAAACAAAUCAUUCUUAAAAGUAGCCACCCUUUGCCUUGAUGACAGCUUUGCACACGCUUGGCAUUCUCUCAACCAGCUUCAUGAGGAAUGAUUUUCCAACAGUCUUUAAGGAGUUCCAACAUAUGCUGAUUACUUGUUGGCUGCUUUUCCUUCACUGCGGUCCAACUCAUCCCAAACCAUCUCAAUUGGCUUGAGGUCGGGUGAUAGUGGAGGCCAGGUCAUCUGAUGCAGCACUCCAUCACUCUCCUUGGUCAAAUAGCCUUUACACUGCCUGGAGGUGUGUUUUGGGUCAUUGCCCUGUUGAAAAACAAAUGAUAGUCCCACUAAGCGCAAACCAGAUGGGAUGGGGUAUCGCUGCAGAAUGCUGUGGCCAUGCUGUAGCCAUGCUGGUUAAGUGUGCCUUGAAUUCAAAAUAAAUCACAGACAGUUUCACCAGCAAAGCACCCCCAUACAAUCACACCUCCUCCUCCAUGCUUCACGGUGGGAACCACACAUGCGGAGAUCAUCCGUUCACCUACUCUGCGUCUCUGAAAGACAAGGCGGUUGGAACCAAAAAUCUCACAUUUGCACUCAUCAGACCAAAGGACAGAUUUCCACUGGUCUAAUGUCCAUUGCUCGUGUUUGUUAGCCCAAGCAAGUCUCUUCUUUUUAUUGGUGUCCUUUAGUAGUGGUUGCUUUGCAGCAAUUCGACCAUGAAGACCUGAUUCACGCAGUCUCCUCUGAACAGUUGAUGUUGAGAUGUGUCUGUUACUUGAACUCUGUGAAGCAUUUAUUUGGGCUGUAAUCUGUGGUGCAGUUAACUCUAAUGAACUUAUCCUCUGCAGCAGAGGUAACUCUGGGUCUUCCUUUCCUGUGGCGGUUCUCAUGAGAGCCAGUUUCAUCAUAGCGCUUGAUGGUUUUUGCAACUGCACUUGAAGAAACUUUCAACGUUCUUGAAAUGUUCUGGAUUGACUGACCUUCAUGGCUUAAAGUAAUGAUGGACUGUUGUUUCUCUUUGCUUAUUUGAGCUGUUCUUGCCAUAAUAUGGACUUGGUCUUAUACCAAAUAGGGCUAUCUUCUGUAUACCACCCCUACCAUGUCACAACACAACUGAUUGGCUCAAACGCAUUAAGAAGGAAAUAAAUUCAACAAAUUAACUUUUAACAAGGCACACCUGUGAAUUGAAAUGCAUUCCAGGUGACUACCUCAUGAAGCUGGUUGAGAGAAUGCCAAGAGUGUGCAAAGGGUGGCUACUUUGAAGAAUCUCAAAUACAAAAUAUAUUUUGAUUUGUUUAACACUUUUUUGGUUAUUACAUAAUUCCAUAUGUGUUAUUUCAUAGUUUUGAUGUCUUCACUAUUAUUCUACAAUGUAGAAAAUAGUAAAAAUAAAGAAAAACCCUUGACUGAGUAGGUGUCCAAACUUUUGACUGGUACUGAAUAAAAAAUAAAAAAUAAACUCACUGAUGUUACUGCUCUCAUGCAGUGCUGAUUUGAUGCUUUCUCAAUGGUAUGCUUUUAAAAAAUGUAAAUACAUUCCGAAAUCUGCUACACAAACUAAAUUAUAUCUUAUUUUCAAUAGACAGGAUUGAUCUCCGCCUAUUUGAACGUCAGAACAUCAUAUUUAUUACACACAGUGCAAAAAUAGCACAGAGACCUCGUGACUGAAUGUUAACAUGAUAACUAAAUCUUUGUUACAUUCUUUUCAAUAUUUGCACAUAUUUAUUUAAUAGUUCCUAUUCCAAAUGUAGACUACAGCUUGUUGUAUGAAGGUAGUCCACCUAUCACAUUGCUGUUGGUGUAGAGAGCAACAUACUGCAGGGUAUUGGUGCAUUUCACAGUCCACAGCAUUUCACAGUGUACUGCUGGCUUGCACUCUACUGUGGUGUUGGCCUGCUUCACAACAAUCUCUUGGAAGAGCCUUGUGCUCACCACCCUCUAAGAAAGCACACUGUUACUACACAUCUCAGGUUUCCAUCUUGGUCCAGUUGGUUGGAACUGACCUUGGAGACUGAGACGUAGAUAUGGUUGGAUGUUAACUUUGUCCAUCUCCUCACUCUAGGCUUUGACUGUCGCUGUGGUAACCUGUUCUGCGCCAUUCACCGCUACUCUGACAAACAUGACUGUCCUUACGACUACCGAGGUGCCGCCGCAGCCCGCAUACGCAAGGAGAACCCCAUCGUGGUGGCUGAGAAGAUCCAGAAGUUAUGAGGACUAAGUAGAAAAGUCUCUGACGUGCAAAUUUGGAACAAUGGCAGCAUGGAAUAAUACCAGAUAAAAUGGCUUCAUUUGUUCAUGGUAGGAUAAGGUGGGUGGGGUGGCAGCGUCAUAGCCCCUGUCCAGCCGCUCCCUUUGUUGACAUCUCCCUCUCUCUCCCUAGAGUGACUGCUUGAGUGUGAAUGUGCGUGUGAAUGCCCAUGUGGGGAGAUGGUCUGUGUGCUUGUGUGUGUGUAGUUUGCUUGAGAGUCAGGGAGAGUGCAGUAGGGUUAGGUGGGCAUUUGUCUGCAUUUGUCUGCUGUGGGGAGGGAAGACAUUUUUACCCUUUUUAUUGUUAACUUGGGGGGACUUAUUUUUAUAUUACCCCUGCGAGGUAGUUCAAAUGAGACAAAAGUAACCUGUUUAAGAGCAUGCCACAGCUCGGAUAAGGACAUUGGGAGGUCAAGUUAAGAUCCAUACUUGGAUUUCCUGUGUGUAGCAGCAAGAUCUUUUGAGGGCUUCAGAUUAAUUUACUCCCAGAGAAAAAUCCUUGUCCAGUUUCUGUCAAAUUGGCCUUUUAUUUUAUUGUAAUGUUUCCCUCUGACCCUUGGGUGAAUAGUUCACAACAUGUCAAACUCCCAAGUCUCUGCAUUCAAGAACGUUUUCUCUUUGAUAUAUUGACUUAUCAUACUGAUGUUGGGUGCAUGAACAGUUAGUUAUUGGAGUAGGUGGGGCAGGGCUGGGGUUAUCGAGAUAGCCUUGACAUAACUGAGUGAUUGAGUUCUGUUAUUUUCCCCUUUCUUUCUGUUUUAAUGAGUGAAUGACAUCAGAAGAUCUAUAUUAAUAUAUUGUAGUUAGCUUGAAUUGUGUGAUUUCAUUCUAUUUAUUUAUUUUAAUCAUUUGGUUGGUUUGUACUGGAGGAUUGGCAGCAUGUGUCCGCAAAUCAUUCGAUUUGUACUUAACCUUUCAAUUCUAUUUAAGCAUUUCCAUCUGAUUAUGUAACCAUUUGAAAAAUACAAGUUCUGAUAUGUGAUGGAGUAGAGUGGACAGAAAAUGUCCAUUAUUUUGGAAUCAAAGCACAACAAAUAGUGUCAACUGCAGAGCACAAGACAUUGAAUGUGCAAAUUAACCUACUCCGUUUUCUUCAGCAUCCGGGUCUUUAUAGUUUAGUUGGAUCUCUGCAGGUUUGCUACAGAGAAUAAAGCAUAUUCUUCCCAUGCAGGCAGGCAUAAUGUAGUGUUCUCCUUGAACACCUGCUUCUGUUCCAUAGAGCUUACACAAUAAGCAUCCUUGUCCUUAACCACCAUCGGACCACUGACAUAUAACUGAACUGGUUGGCAAUUAAUCUCCAUGGUGAGACAACUCUAUUCUCAGCUAAAGUGAAUUACUUCAGAAUGACAGUGGUGUGCUUUAUGGUCUGCUCCCAAAUGAGUCCUUUUUCGAAGAAGCUUCUAGCUAACUACUUCCAGCAAGAUCAAAAUGUGCAUGCAUGUGCAGUCAGAUGAAUAACUGUUGAAAAACAAGCAAGAAUGUUAAGACACACAGCAUUAGCACAAUGCAACGCGUUACUGGAACCUUGACUGGCUGAGGUUCAAGUUAACGGGACUCUACUGUGUUUUCAAUUGUAAAUACCAUGUGGCUACUAUUCAUGUAGUAUAAUCUUAUGUAGAAUGUCGCCAGAUAAUAGGUGGGGAGAAAAAGAUCAAAAUAUUAGUAUGUGUGUAUAACAGUGCUUUUCAUAACUACCCUAAAAGAAGUACUGUGGCACUGCUUGGUUUUCCUUUUAUUUUGUUUCACUCACAAGUAAUUCCUGUGUCUUCAAACAGGGUGUAUAAUUUAGUCAAAGGGCUAAAAUCACACUGGAUGACAUAUUUAUCCUUGACAGUGUCAUGCUAGGUUGCUUUCCAGUUCCUUUUGACUGCCCACAGAGUCAGUGACUCAACUCUACAGACAGUCAAACACAACCCUUCUAUGUCCAAAGUACUGCUACUAACUGGCUCACUCCUCAGCAAGGGCCUUGGUGUCCCUGUGGUUGUUUUCAGGAUUGGUCACACUAGUUCAGUUCAAAACAAUUUGUGGAAGUUUUGCAUUGUUGAAUCAAAGGUGAAUCAAACAUUUAUUUACAAUUCAUGCUUUUUCAUGAAGCUGGUUCAUAACAUAGCGGAUGUCAUUGAAAAAGAUGAUUGUGUGGAAAAAGCAGAUACUGGAAAAACAACAAGUGUAACACCUGGCAAAACAACAAGGAGAAAGUCUGAAAUGAAUGAGAUCUCUUUAUAUAAACAGGCAAUAACCUAGACUUAAUUUAGUUGGACCUGUGAUUGGCGCGUUAGCCUGGGUAGUAUUGCCAGUUAAAGAAUGUGUUAGUGAAGGGCGGGUCGCAGUGGCUCAGAGCCUUGUCAUGCAAACGCCAAGGCUGCCUAGCCCGGAGCUCAAAGCCCCUGUGACCAGAUGCGUCCUCGGGGUUAUCAUUUGGAAUCAGACACUCUUGGAUCUUUGGGUUCAUACUGUUUAAAGUAUCUGAGUGGAGAUGGUGCGGUGCCUGUGAUACCGUGUAAGAAGAGCGCCUGAGAAGAAGUGUGUGUGUGUAUGAUGAGCUAGGCUGUCUGUGAGUUGAAAAACCUACUUUGCUGUAGGUUUAUUCCCCAUGGUGAUGUUUCGAUUUUAAGGGCAUGCAGUAAACUGACUUUUAAAAUGGGGCAGAGAUGUGUGGCCUCGAGUGUACCCUGUUCUAGGGCAAGGGAACGGCGUCGGCUUGUCCUUCAGUUUGGCUGACUGUCGUCUUUGCAAUUGUGAUGUUUCACAGGUUGAUAGUUCCCUUGACUGCUCAGACUACCCUAGCAUUUAAAAAGGUGAGCAAUUUUAAUGUUACCAACAGGGUUGAUGGGGUCAUGCUUAUCAAGCUAUUUUUGAAUCUGGAAUUGACAACACUGAGCCUCCCUUGUGGGGCCCACUGGGCAGCCCACAGCUUGUUUUAGGCUUAAUAAGAUCUGUUGAAUCACUGUAAUUGUAUGUAAGUGGAUCAACUAAACCGGAUCAGGAUCAGUGAUUUGAUGUUACCAAAACAUCCACUGCAAUUUAAAUCUGUUGCACUUUUGCAAUGUCAUGAAGUUUGUCUUCAGCAUACCUUAAAAUAAUCAUUGUCCUCAUCUUGCGGCCAUUACUACAAAGCUUUUGAUCUGUGUUGAGUAACCAGCUAAUGGGUGACCAAAUCUAGCAAUAUUCUCUCAAUGUGUUACAGCAGAACUGAGUUCCAAUAAAAUACAGUGAAGUGCUUGAUUCAUUCCACUGAUGUAUGAAAAAUGAUGGAACUGACAAUAAUUGAGUUCCAGAAUGUUACAAGUUGUAGAUCUCUCCUGCAGGAAAUUGCAAAAGUGCAGUCAAGUCCUUUGGCACACCAGUCCCCCAGAAACACCACCAGAUAUAUUUUUAUUUUUGUUCUUUUAAAAUGUAGGGUUGUAUGAUGUGUAAGAGUAAGUU